AUGGCUGACAUGCAAAGUCUGGUGGAAAGAUUAGAGAAGGCAGUGGGUCGCUUAGAGGCUGUAUCCCAGGCGUCUGACAUGCAUCGGGGAUAUGGAGAUCAGUAUUAUUCUGUGGAAUCUUUGAUCAAAAUGUUCUGUAAUGAUAACUGUAAGAAACUCGGUCUGGUGUUUGAUGACGUGGUGGGCAUUGUGGAAAUCAUCAAUAGUAGAGAUGUCAAGGUUCAGGUAAUGGGAGCCACACCGUAUGUGCAAGCAUUUGACUCACUGCUUGCUGGUCCUGUGGCAGAGUACCUGAAGAUCAGUAAAGAGAUUGGAGGAGAUGUGCAGAAGCAUGCAGAGAUGGUCCAUACUGGUCUGAAGUUGGAGCGAGCUCUCCUGGUUACAGCUUCUCAGUGCCAGCAACCAGCAGGUAAUAAGCUUUCUGAAUUGUUGGCACCUAUCUCAGAGCAGAUCCAAGAAGUGAUAACGUUCCGAGAGAAGAACCGAGGCAGCAAAUUGUUCAAUCACUUGUCAGCUGUCAGUGAAAGCAUCCAGGCACUGGGUUGGGUAGCUAUGGCUCCCAAGCCUGGUCCCUACGUGAAAGAAUUGAAUGAUGCUGCCAUGUUCUAUACAAACAGAGUCCUGAAGGAGUACAAAGAUGUGGAUAAGAAACAUGUGGACUGGGUUAAAGCUUAUUUGAGUAUAUGGACAGAACUACAGACUUACAUUAAAGAGUUCCAUACCACUGGGCUGGCCUGGAGCAAAACGGGGCCUGUGGCAAAAGAACUGAGUGGAUUGCCAUCUGGACCCUCUGCUGUAUCAGGUCCACCUCCCCCCCCACCAGGCCCACCUCCCCCUCCAGUCUCCACCAGUUCAGGCUCAGAUGACUCUGCUUCACGCUCCGCACUGUUUGCUCAGAUUAAUCAGGGUGAAAGCAUCACACAUGCCCUAAAACACGUAUCUGAUGACAUGAAGACUCACAAGAACCCCGCCCUGAAAGCUCAGAGUGGUCCUGUACGAAGUGGUCCCAAACCGUUCUCUGCACCUAAACCAGGAAUCAGCCCCUCUCCCAAACCAGCUGUAAAGAAGGAGCCACCUUUACUUGAAUUGGAGGGCAAGAAGUGGAGAACAAAAUGUGUGCAAGGGCGGGUGGGGGUGAAGGUGGUAAUCUGUAUAGUAAUUGCUAAAAUCCCACAAAGGCAAAAAGUAACCAAGCAGUACUUUUCCAAACUCAAGUUAUGUCACCAGCGAAAUUGA